AUGGAUUAUGUGCGAUUCGGUUGGCUUAGGAAGCGUAUGCUCAAGGGAGAGGGCGAGGCGGUGGAUGAAUUGGACAUCCAGCGACUGAUGUGUCUCGCGGCGGAGUUCACUCAGCAGUCAUUGGUGCCGGUCUGUCGGCAGGCGAAUAACGCAAUGAAAUGUACUGGAAUCCUACUGGCGAAUCCGACAGCCUCGCCUGUGAUAAAAGCAGGUUUUCGAAAAUUAACGGGAUUGACGAAAUCGAUGCUUGGUGCCUUAGGUGUGAUGGACCUUUUGUUGAAGGCGUAUCUCACAGCUGCUGGAAGUUAG